CUCCGUGCAUUAAAAAUGCUUCUUAUACACAAUUACACUUUCGUAUUUUAUAUUAUAAGUAAUGCGACAUCUGCCGUCUAUAUUUAUUUCUCACGCAAAAUGCAAUCCUGAAUAAUACUGAAAUGAGAAAAUCAGUAAACAGCAAGCGAGGUAGAAAUUGUGAAUUGCGAAUACCAUUGGAUAGGCCGCGGUGACAUGAAUAAGUAAUUCGCGAAGCAGCAUUCGUCGUCGUUACUAUAAUUAUAUGAUCUGUGCAUUCAAAGGGAGAACAGUUGAAAAAAAUUUCCUCUCCAGACGGUAAACAACGAAUGUCGAUAUUCUAUAAGCAUCAGUGAUACCUAGACUUUUGUCGAGCACAGUGCUUCUCGUACUCUCGUUUUCGAUAGCAUUCUUUUCGAAUGUCCAAACAGUAAACUACAAUACGGUAUAUAUCAAACUAUGCGACGAGUUAGUACAGUUUCAAUUUGAUUCGAAGAAACUAUACUGCUGUAAAAUUAUGGUCGUUAUCGUCUGAGUCUUUGGUGUUGAAUGCUUAAAAAUUAGAAGAAUUAUUUUUGAAUUGACGAUGCGUAUACUGCGAUGGACGCUCACUAUUCUAACAGCGUGUGGUUGUUUGCGACCGCGAUCUUGGACAUCGUCGCUGAAAAAGUUCUUGUACAAUGUUUACACGGCUAUGGUAAUCCUUCUGAUAUACACCGUCCUGGGUUCUCAAGUUCUGGACAUAUUCUUCAACGUUGAGAAUCAGGAUGAGUUCAGUGAGAAUUUCUACACGACCCUGGCGGUACUUAUCGGCUGCUGCAAGAUGUCCAGCUUUUUGCUGAUUCGAAGGAACGUCGCGAUUUUGAUCGACACCCUCCAAAAGGAGCCUUUAAUGCCACAGAACGACGAGGAAUUCGAUGUUCGCGCAAGAUUUGAAAAACUGAACGAGUGGAAUGCAAUUGCUUACACGAUUAUGGUCGAAUCCUGUGUGUUGUUCGGGUGGACAACGUCGCUCUUCAGAGAUCUGAAACGGAGAAAAUUGGCAUACAGGGCGUGGAUACCUUACGAUUAUGCUUCAUCGUUUCCCUCGUUUACUGUUACUUACAUGCAUCAGUGUGUAGGUAUGAUUAUCUGCUCGCUUCUGAACGUUGCCUACGACACUCUGAUCAGCGGUCUGUUGAUCCACACUUACUGCCAGUUAGAUAUAUUUGGACAUCGUCUGAAAAAUAUCAUUAAAGAUGAAAACUACAGGGCUAAGCAGUGUGCUCGACUUCUUAAUCACAUAUACAGUUUCGCCAAAAUGGUUAAUAAAGCAUUCAGGAUAAUUAUGUGUACUCAGUUUCUGGCAAGCACCUCGGUCAUGUGCUUCAACCUCUACCAAUUAACGCAAAGACAAUUAGUAGGCGCGAGACUGAUCGAAACGAUGUUCUACGCGUUCUGUAUGCUUAUGCAAAUACUGCACUAUUGUUGGUACGGGAACGAAGUCAAAGAGAAGAGCCUCGAGAUUCCUAACAUGAUAAUCGAAAGUAACUGGACGUCUUUGGAUAACAACGCUAAAAUGACUCUCCUGAUGAUCAUGAAACGCGCGACGGUGCCCAUCGAAUUCACUAGCAUUCACGUUGUGUCGAUGAACCUCGAGUCUUUUACGGCCCUGCUCAAGACGUCUUACUCGGCGUACAAUUUGCUUCAACAAAAAUGGAUAAUGCACAUAUUACGAUGGGUGUUCAUACUUCUUAGUUUGUGCGGUUGUUGGCAACCCUCAUUUUGUACGUCUCGGUCAAAAACGAUCUUCUACACUGUAUACUCGGUCGUCGUGACGCUCAUGCUACAUAGUUUCCUGUUAUCUACCAUUUUGGACUUGGUUUUCAUUGUUGAUAACCAGAACGACUUCAGCGACAACUUCUACUUAACACUGGAGGUUUUCGCUGCCUGUUGGAAAAUGAGCAGCUUGAAAAUGUACCACGAAAAUUUCGCAUUCCUGAUGGACACUCUUGAACGGGAACCCUUGGCGCCAGCGAACGCUGACGAAAUCGAGAUUCGAACGAGAUUCGACAAGAUCGCGCAAAGAAACACGAAAACCUACAUGCUUUCUUUAGUAGCAUGUCUUGGGAGUAUGCUUGCAACGUCGAUCUUCACGGACGUCAAAACAAGAAAAUUGUCGUAUCGAGCAUGGAUACCCUACGAUUACUCUUCGUCUUUUUGGUUUACUAUUACUUACGUUUAUUUAGUGAUAUGUAUGGUGACCGUCGCGGUGAUGAACGUAUCCAGCGAUAGUCUAUUCAGCGGCCUAUUGCUCCACACGUACAGCCUUUUCGAGAUACUUGGACACCGUCUGAAAACCAUCAUAAAUUAUAGAAAUGAUUCGGUAAAGCAGUGUGUUCGCCUUCACAUCCACAUAUACAGAUUCGCGAUGAUGGUGAACGAACAAUUCAAAACAAUCAUCUUGAUUCAGUUUCUGGUGAGCACGUUGAUAUUUUGCAUCGAACUUUAUCGUAUGACGCAAAGAAAUUUCGACUCGAAAUAUAUCGAAAUGGUGGUCUAUGGUACCUGUUCGCUCAUGCAGAUACUGUACUACUGUUGGUAUGGCAACGAAGUCCAAGAGAAGAGCCUCAGCAUUCCUGACAUGAUUAUCGACAGUAACUGGGAGUCGUUGGACACCGACUCGAAAAAAACUCUUCUAAUGAUCAUGAAACGUGCAACGAUGCCCAUCGAAUUUAGUAGCUUUCACAUUGCAUCGAUGAACCUUGCGUCCUUCAUGGCUUUGUUCAAGACUUCCUACUCUGUUUACAACGUGCUACAACGAAGCGAAGAAUAGACGAGACAUUUUCUAUCCUUAAAAACGAAGAAGUCGUGGAUGAAAUGAUAGGAGAAGCAAUAUAGACAAUUGAAACCUGUAUUAGUGAAUGUAGAGUUCGCUGCUAGGUAUGAAUAUUAAUAAAUUCUACUGGAAACUAUCGAUGUCGUAAUGCUGGUGAUACAUUUCUUUUCGUUACACUUUUUUCCACUGUCGUCUGAUUAUGUAAUAUUCGACGACUGACUUUUACUUUCCUCUUUCCGUUGAAACCGUUCAAUGUCUCCUGAUAUUUUCUAUCAUUUUUUUACGCAUAGGGAACAGAACACGCGAGCUAACGGUAACAACGCGAAAGUAGCGUUUACGAAUAACCGAGGGAUGUCAUUACUGGAAUAAAUUAUUAAUCGGCCGCGCGUUCGUACUCUCCAUUAAUCCGCUAAUCAUAUAGUUCGCGAACUUGAAGGGAAAGUAUUGGGAGAUGAGUUACUCCUUUGCAUGUGGAGUAAAAAUAUCGAUAUUCUCGAGUCUUCAGUGAUAACCAAACCACAGAUUGAGAAGUACCUAAGUCGCAAUGAUGAUAGUCUCUUUUUGUAGUUUCGUACCCAAUGCUCUUACAGUUUCACACUUAUUAUACGCAAAAACGACGACAUAGUGUUCUCUUUGUACAAUAUAAUCAUCCCUGUUCUCUUAUCACAUGAUCUUCCUGGAAAAAUAAAUUAUUCGACAUCCACAUAUCAAAGUUGUUAACAAGGUAAGAGUAUUUGAGCUUGCCAUAAAACGCGUCGCGGGGGCUCCGCGACUGUUCCUAAUGAUUACCCGGAGAUAAGAAUUU